AUGAUUAUAUCUAUAUUCCUAUUUUAUUUUCUACUAAUAAUAAUAAUAUGUUCCCAUUUCGUUAAUUGCUCACACAUUCAAUGUUGUCAGGAAGCUGGUGUUCCGCAUCAUUGUGCAAAAUCGCUUUGUAAUUUGAAUGCCCCGCCAGGUGAUCUUGAACGCUAUUCAUUGUUUGACGGGCGACGAACAUGCGCAACAUAUUUACCGGAAAUUUCGACAUGUUUGGCAGAUGGGAGAGAUUCAACAGCGUGUUGUGUAAAAGAAGCCGAAUCGCCGGAUGAUUCGGCUUGUUUUGGUAUUUGUAAUGGAACGAUGGAAUAUGAUACUACUAGGAAUAUUGCGUAUUUUCAAUCGUGUUUUUCUGUGAAUACUGAUGCUAUUUAUAAAUGUAUAAAAUCGAGUCAUAAUUCAAGUCCAUCAAUGCCAAGGGAUUUGGAAUUAGAGGAACUUGGUGAAAAUUCUGUGAGACUUAAUUGGAAACAACCUUUGAAAAACGCUAGAUAUGUUACUUUUUAUAAAGUUCAUGUUGUUGAAAGUCGAAAUAUGAGAAAUACACCAAGUGUUUAUUCCACCAAAAAUUUGGAAUUCACAAUAAACAACUUGAAAAGCGAAUCAACCUAUUCAUUUUUCGUCAUUGCUCAUGGUAAAAGUUAUCAAGGAAACGAUGAAUAUUAUAAAUCUACACCAUCUAAUAUUAUUCAUUUCACAUUAUCCAAAAAUAUUUUGGUUUUCGACAAAAUCAAACGACUUCCAAAACAAGCAGACAGUGCAGAAUUAUCUUGCCAUUUGAAAGUUCUUCAUGGAACAAAACCGAUUGUUGAGUGGGAAAAAUCAACUAUCGAUGGAACUCAAAUAAUUGAAAAUUCUCAAAAUCGUUUUAUAAUUACACAAUAUUCAUCAGAUACUACGCCGCGAUUUAUGGUUUCAUCUUUAGAAAUCAGAAACCUUCAACCAUCUGAUUUCACAGUUUAUCGAUGUCAUAUCAAAGGACAAUCUCAAGAAUAUGGACAAAUUGAAAUUCAAAGUCAUUCAUUUUCCGAUUCUCCUCCAGAAUCAAACCCACCACAAACAAUCAACGAAUGUUGUUUGGAUUCAAUAAGUCAACCUCAUUGUAAAUCAAUGUGUAAUAUGAAUCCACUUCGAAGAUCGAAUUUUGCACCAAUGACAAGGUGUAUGACUGAAUUUCACAAUUUAUUCAGAUGCACUUUAACACAUAUGAAUAAUGCUGCAUGUUGCAUCAAAUCCAAGGUUAGUUAGCUAUUUUUUUAAUUUUUAGAUUGGUAAGCAACUUUAAAAAAAAUUCACUGUUUCAGAUUCCAUAUCAAUGCCUUGGAUUAUGUGAAGGCAGCUAUGAUCUUGACUUUUUUGAACUGGCCACAUGCUUAUCUUAUGAUGAUAAGGUAUGUAGAAAGACUAGCGAUUUUUGAUUUAAUAGAACAUUCAGAUUGGACAAUGUCAAGCUGAAACGCUGAAUUUGCGACCUCAACCAGUUUCAGAUGUUGAGAACUCCUAUUCUGAAAAUGAUGGUACAUUCACAUUCACAUGGGCUCCAUCAAUAGGUGCUAAGGUAAGUGGGAAGUUCUGGAAAAUGCUGAAAAUGGGAAGCUGAAGAGACCGAACUUCAGAACUACUAACUUCUCCAGAAAUUCAAAAAUUCUACAGAAGUUACUCUAACUUGAUUCGCUCCUUAAUCCUAACAUUUUUUAAGAUUUAUCAUAUCUACAAAAGAUUCAACGGAGAAAAAUGGUCUUCUGAAACUUCAAAUCUUACAAAAUACACGACUGAAAAUGUUGAUGAGGUAAGCUUUUUCCCCAGACUUUUUUUUAGAAGGACUGCUCUCAAGAUCAAAAAUUUCCAGAUCGUAUUCCUGGCAGUAAAUGAUUACGGUGUGUCAAACCAGAAUCGAUUAAUAUUCAUCGACGGGAAAUGGAUUACUCCUCGUUAA